GCUGGCAACACUGGUUACUGGCGUUUCCUCUUUCGUUUUGGUUAGCCGACGAUUCGCACGUGUGCUAAAAGUACAAAGAAUUUAGGCAAAAUGGUAACUCAAAAGAAACAGAAAAAAGCUAUCGAAAGCAUCAACAGCCGUCUGGCUCUGGUUAUGAAGUCUGGAAAGUUUUGUUUGGGAUACAAACAAACUCUGAAGACCCUGCGCCAAGGUAAAGCCAAACUCAUCAUCAUCUCCAACAAUACGCCACCCCUAAGGAAGUCGGAAAUUGAAUAUUAUGCAAUGUUGGCCAAGACUGGGGUGCAUCAUUACACUGGGAACAAUGUGGAGCUCGGUACUGCCUGCGGGAAAUACUUCAGGGUGUGCGCCAUGUCCAUCACUGAUCCAGGAGACAGUGAUAUCAUCAGGUCUAUGCCAGCUGGAGAUGGUGCCCCACAGUAACUAUAGAUAGUAUAUGGACUGUAAAAUCACUUCAUUGAUGUGUUUUGCUUCUUUUAAUUUGUAUCUAUUUUGUUUAAAAUAAAUGGUAGA